UCAAAUGUCGACUAAAAAACACAAAAAAAAAAAACUAACGCUUUAAAAAUGGCUAAACCAAGUUUUUUCAUUCAAAUAAUUUUCGUCAUAAUUUGCAUUGUGGCGGCGGCGAUUGCUAUGCGGUGUGAAGAUAAUGUAGGAAAUAAUGGUCUCUAUGGAUGGGACGACACCAAAAAAAUGCUAAGGGACAUAGAUGAUAUUAAAAAUGCCAUAGGCUCCAUCAACUUAAGCAAACACACAGCCAAAGAUUUGCCUAUGUUCGAUAUUCGUGUUGAUUCAUUGCCCUACAAAUGCCAAACUCAUGGUCCAUAUUCGUCGUGUGCCGAAAUCACUGCCUGCACGGAACGCAGUGGCUACUACUACAUACGCAUUCCACAGUACAACAAUGAAAGUUUUCUCGUCGAAUGUGACGCCCAUACGGAAGGCGGUGACUGGACGGUAAUACAAAGACGUGAAGAUGGCUCUACGGAUUUCUACAGGACAUGGGCCGAAUAUAAAGUCGGAUUCGGCGAGGUUGAUGGAGAAUUUUUCAUUGGCAUGGAUAAACUAUUUGCCCUGACAAAUUACCAGGGACCUCAGGAGCUGUUGAUUCUAAUGGUGAAUGGCACAAAUGAAGCUAAGGGUUAUGCUAAAUAUGAUAGUUUCCGGAUAGCCAAUGAAGUGGAAAAAUACAAACUGAUACGAACUGGACAAUAUACCGGAACCGCGGGGGAUUCCUUGAAAGGGCACAUCGGUGCAAAAUUCUCAACAAAAGAUCAGGACAAUGAUGUACAUGCGGAGGGAAAUUGCGCCGUCUUAUACAUGGGUGCCUGGUGGUACACAAAAUGUCACUCAAGCAAUUUAAAUGGUCAUUAUGGCGACAAGAGCUACGCCAAAGGUGUGGAUUGGUAUUCGUUUACGGGUCACCACAAUUCCUUGGUCUACGCUAAAAUGAUGCUGCGCCGUAAAAGAGGUUAAAUUAAAUAAAAUAAUUACCAUAUUUUUUAACUGAAAAAUUAUUUUGUUAAAUAAACAAAAA